CCUGAGAAAAGUGAGACUUUGGGAACAGCCUCUACUGCAGCAACAUUGCUCAGCAGUACAGACAAAGUUUUGUCUGAAACCUCAGCAAGAACACAACAAAUUUUCACAUCAAGCAAACCUCUGGAUGAGUCAACAAAACCUGAAGCAUCCUCAAUUAAGUUAUCGACAGACGCCCAUAGAUUGAGCGUGGAAACAAGUGUGCCAUCAAGCAAACCCACAGCACGUCCCACAGGUUCUUCACUGUUCAGCACAGAGAAGCCUACAUCACUGUCUGUCAAAGAAAAUGAUACUGUUGCUGUAGACCUAACAAUAUUGUCAGUUAGUCCAUCUGUUAACCAAACAGAAGAUUAUCCUUCCUCUACCCCAGAUAGUGUGGUAGAUCACCUUGAUCAUACCCAAGAAACGUUCAUCCCAAAGGAUUACGUCAGCAGUACAGUGAAAUCCUUUUCCAGUACUGACAGUGGAACUUCAUUGUCCUCUAAAAUAGCUUCAAUGCUCAGCACCACAGAAAGUUCUGGGGAUGGCACAGAUGAUUUCACGAAAGACUCACUCAUAACAGCAACUGUGUCUUCAACACAAGGAACAGUAUCACCAUCUGUGGUAGCAUCUCUGACCCCUGAGAAAAGUGAGACUUUGGGAACAGCCUCUACUGCAGCAACAUUGCUCAGCAGUACAGACAAAGUUUUGUCUGAAACCUCAGCAAGAACACAACAAAUUUUCACAUCAAGCAAACCUCUGGAUGAGUCAACAAAACCUGAAGCAUCCUCAAUUAAGUUAUCGACAGACGCCCAUAGAUUGAGUGUGGAAACAAGUGUGCCAUCAAGCAAACCCACAGCACGUCCCACAGGUUCUUCACUGUUCAGCACAGAGAAGCCUACAUCACUGUCUGUCAAAGAAAAUGAUACUGUUGCUGUAGACCUAACAAUAUUGUCAGUUAGUCCAUCUGUUAACCAAACAGAAGAUUAUCCUUCCUCUACCCCAGAUAGUGUGGUAGAUCACCUUGAUCAUACCCAAGAAACGUUCAUCCCAAAGGAUUACGUCAGCAGUACAGUGAAAUCCUUUUCCAGUACUGACAGUGGAACUUCAUUGUCCUCUAAAAUAGCUUCAAUGCUCAGCACCACAGAAAGUUCUGGGGAUGGCACAGAUGAUUUCACGAAAGACUCACUCAUAACAGCAACUGUGUCUUCAACACAAGGAACAGUAUCACCAUCUGUGGUAGCAUCUCUGACCCCUGAGAAAAGUGAGACUUUGGGAACAGCCUCUACUGCAGCAACAUUGCUCAGCAGUACAGACAAAGUUUUGUCUGAAACCUCAGCAAGAACACAACAAAUUUUCACAUCAAGCAAACCUCUGGAUGAGUCAACAAAACCUGAAGCAUCCUCAAUUAAGUUAUCGACAGACGCCCAUAGAUUGAGCGUGGAAACAAGUGUGCCAUCAAGCAAACCCACAGCACGUCCCACAGGUUCUUCACUGUUCAGCACAGAGAAGCCUACAUCACUGUCUGUCAAAGAAAAUGAUACUGUUGCUGUAGACCUAACAAUAUUGUCAGUUAGUCCAUCUGUUAACCAAACAGAAGAUUAUCCUUCCUCUACCCCAGAUAGUGUGGUAGAUCACCUUGAUCAUACCCAAGAAACGUUCAUCCCAAAGGAUUACGUCAGCAGUACAGUGAAAUCCUUUUCCAGUACUGACAGUGGAACUUCAUUGUCCUCUAAAAUAGCUUCAAUGCUCAGCACCACAGAAAGUUCUGGGGAUGGCACAGAUGAUUUCACGAAAGACUCACUCAUAACAGCAACUGUGUCUUCAACACAAGGAACAGUAUCACCAUCUGUGGUAGCAUCUCUGACCCCUGAGAAAAGUGAGACUUUGGGAACAGCCUCUACUGCAGCAACAUUGCUCAGCAGUACAGACAAAGUUUUGUCUGAAACCUCAGCAAGAACACAACAAAUUUUCACAUCAAGCAAACCUCAUGAUGAGUCAACAAAACCUGAAGAAUCCUCAAUUAAAUUAGCGACAGACGCCCAAAGUUUAAGUGUGGAAACAAGUGUGCCAUCAAGCAAACCCACAGCACGUCCCACAGGUUCUUCACUGUUCAGCACAGAGAAGCCUACAUCACUGUCUGUCAAAGAAAAUGAUACUGUUGCUAUAGACUUAACAAUAUUGCCAGUUACUCCAUCUGUUAACCAAACAGAAGAUUAUCCUUCCUCUACCCCAGAUAGUGUGGUAGAUCACCUUGAUCAUACCCAAAAAACGUUCAUCCCAAAGGAUUACGUCAGCAGUACAGUGAAAUCCUUUUCCAGCACUGACAGUGGAACGUCAUUGUCCACUAAAAUAGCUUCAAUGCUCAGCACCACAGAAAGUUCUGGGGAUGGCACAGAUGAUUUCACGAAAGACUCACUCAUAACAGCAACUGUGUCUUCAACACAAGGAACAGUAUCACCAUCUGUGGUAGCAUCUCUGACCCCUGAGAAAAGUGAGACUUUGGGAACAGCCUCUACUGCAGCAACAUUGCUCAGCAGUACAGACAAAGUUUUGUCUGAAACCUCAGCAAGAACACAACAAAUUUUCACAUCAAGCAAACCUCUGGAUGAGUCAACAAAACCUGAAGCAUCCUCAAUUAAGUUAUCGACAGACGCCCAUAGAUUGAGCGUGGAAACAAGUGUGCCAUCAAGCAAACCCACAGCACGUCCCACAGGUUCUCCACUGUUCAGCACAGAGAAGCCUACAUCACUGUCUGUCAAAGAAAAUGAUACUGUUGCUGUAGACCUAACAAUAUUGCCAGUUAGUCCAUCUGUAACCAAACAGAAGAUUAUCCUUCCUCUACCCCAGAUAGUGUGGUAG